UGUUGUUUCAUAGAUUUAUCUUUUUUUUUUUUUUUUUUAAUGUGCUGACAUGUCACAUUAUUGCAGGUAGCGUUCUCUGCUGUGCAUCCUAUAGUGUGACCUCACAUGCCCUCUGCUGACAUGUCCCAUUAGUGCAGGUAGUAUUCGCUGCUGUGUUCCCUGUAGUGUGACCUCAUAUGCCCCUGCUGUCUACUGAUAUGUUAGUGCAGGAUAGUAUGUCCUGCUGUGUCCCCUAUAGUGUGAUCCCAAAUGCUCUCUGCCGUCUACUGACAUGCUAGUGCAGGUAGCGUAUCCUGCUGCGCCCCCUAUAGUCAUGCCUCACAUGUCCUCCGCAGUCUACUGAUAUGUCGGAUUAGUGCAGGUAGCAUUCCCUGCUGAGCCUCCCAUCACAUGCCCUCCACUGUCUACUGACAUGUCACCAUGGUACAGGGCCGUAUUGAAUACCUUGUGAAAUGGAAAGGUUGGGCUAUCAAGUACAGCACUUGGGAACCAGAGGAGAAUAUUUUGGAUUCCCGACUUAUUGUAGCCUUUGAGCAAAAAGAGAGGGAACAAGAAAUUUAUGGACCGAAAAAAAGGGGCCCAAAACCAAAAACAUUCCUUUUAAAGGCCAGAGCCCAGGCUGAAGCUCUUCGUAUUAGUGAUGUCCACUUUGGCAUUAAGCCAGGUUCCAGCUGUUCCCCUAAAUUGCACUCCAGUGCUGCUGUGCAUCGUUUAAAGAAGGACAUCCGGCGCUGUCAUAGUAUGUCUCGUCGCCCCCUUCCCCGUCCAGACCCUACAGCACCAUCUGGAACUAGUUCUGGCCUCCGUCCCCCUGUAUCGCCUUUUUCAGAGACUGUGCGAAUCAUCAACCGUAAAGCCAAACCUCGAGAGCCAAAGCGUAACCGAAUCAUUCUCAAUCUGAAGGUGAUUGAUAAAGGAGCAAAACCACCUCUAGGACGCCCCAAAAUACCAUCGCGAAACAGAGUGAUUGGCAAAAGCAAGAAGUACAGUGAGAGCAUGCUUCGCAAUCAGAUUCGCCAUCUGAAAUAUGGAAGCUUCUCAUUGUACAACAAGCCAUCCCUUCGAGGACCAGAUGAAGAGAAGGCCAAAGAUGAAACCGCUCACCAGCGUCGUGGCGAUGAUAGUUCCAGUACCUCUGGCUGUCCUUCCCCAGCUCCAUCAGAUGACCGGCCUCCUAAGUUGCUGCCUGAGACUCUCAGUCCUGCUGUUCCUGACUGGCGUGAAUCUGAGGCACUGGAUCUCUCUAUUCCACCAGAGUCCUCAGCAAGCAAGCGUGGGCAAGGUGAGCCUGAUGAAUCUGAUCCCGAGGAAGAGGCUGGAGACUGGCGUCCAGAAAUGUCGCCAUGCUCCAAUGUGGUAGUGACAGAUGUCACCAGCAACCUGUUGACAGUCACCAUAAAGGAGUUCUGCAAUGCACAAGACUUCGAGAAAGUAGCAGCUGCUGGCAAAUAGAGGAGAAUAAUGAAUUAUAGGAACAAAAAAUGUUCAACUAUUUAAAGGUUAAUUCACUCUUAAGCUAUUGCUACACCACCCUAUCCAUUUGCUAGCUCUUUAAGUUCAUGAUUUAUAUGUGGUCCUGUUUUGUAAGAUAGUGGACAUCAUGUCUUGAAUUGACUGUUAGGAUAAUUGAUGUACUUAGAAAUAGCUACACUUAUUAAGUGUAGGCUCUAUUUAUCUUGCUUACAAUGGUACAAUCUAAACUAAAGGUGGGUACACACUAGGCGAUGUGCUUUGAGCGACGUAGCCUUGUGUGUUCCCUUUCAUGCCGGGGCGGUCGUUGGCAGUGCAUACACACUGAACAAUAUGCAAACGAUAUCGCUCAGUGACAUCAUGCCGCGGCCGGGCCGUGCAUGCAGUUUUUGGACGACCGUUCAAAUUGAGCUGCAUGCACAGCCGACAGCGAGGGUCGUUAAACUAUCCUCAGGGCCGCGCAUCGCUCGCCGCUUGGCAGCAUACACACUAGUAAUUAUGGUAAACAACGUCGCUUAGGAAGGACAAAAAUAAGCGACGUUGUUUACUUUAUCGGCAAGCGUGUACCCACCUUAAGAAUGUGAUGGCAGUCAUUUGGCACAAUCAGUAAGUGUCUUCGUCAUCCAUUGUGGCUUUGUUUUGACGUCUUUAUAAUAUUUAGCAAAACAGCAAUAUGAAAGUUAAGUUAUUGGCAUAUAUACGUUUUAAACUGAAUUAUCAAAGCUGUAAAGCACAUAUUGUAAUGGCAUACUUAAUCUAUAGAACAUACAUUUUAUACAAUCUGUGGUUAAUACUUUUACACAUUUUAAAAUAUGAAUGAUAAAUUAUUUAUUUAAAAAGGAAAUUUGUAUACAAGUAAAAAAAAAUUCGAAGACAUGCUCACAGCAUUUAUUUUGUUUGCAUAUUUGCAUUUAUGCAUAAUUUUGCUCCCUGAUUAUGUGAGCGCUCUUUAAAAUGAUUCAGAGGUGGACAUAGUUGUAGUAGCAGCUUUGCCUUUUUUGCGCUCCUGCGUCUUUAUGUUAAUGCGAUGGGCGUCCUAUUAAGACGGCCAGUGGCUGAGGCUAGUAUCCGCCGAUAUGCGUACAAAGAUGUACUAUUGGCGCACCAGCAGACAUUGCGCCUUUGCCAUAGCAGAGAAUGUCCGAGUGCCCAUGGCCGCCGGUGUCUGUUCAACUGCGUGAUGCAGUAACUGACCCCAUCACAUCUUUAACGAUUAAGCACCGCCCCUGUUAAUGCCCAGCAAAAUGUAAUACAUGCAAUUUUGAUCUGCAUCCCCCGGUUGUAACUAUCGGUACACAUGCACAAUGUAUUUUGUAUGCAGUCACAGAGCGCCUGAUGCUUUACCUGCGUCUACCUCUAAAUUCCCCGUAAUUCUUAACUCUGUAAGGAUGAAAAAGCCACCAUCAAAUUUAUAAACUGCAGCAAUCCUCGUUUUUAUUAACUUUUGUAAUAAUUUCCCCUACUUUUCCUUUAUUAAUAAGGGUGUCUGCCUCUGAACUCUUCUAAGUUUGUCUGUUUUUUUUAUUGGAGUGAGGUGGCCUAAACUGUGCCAUACAGAUGUGUCCUCAUACAUCUAGCCUCAAUAUGCCACCGUCACAGGUCCAUGCAACUCUGCUAACAUCGGGCAUCCUUUAAUUGCAGAGAAUGCAUCUUAUUUGCAUCAAAGUUCUAAUAAGACGCACAAGCAGACUCUGCUGAUUAAAAUAAUAUGCGGCAUGCCUAUAUUCUGUGCGACUGUGACUGUAUCUGCAUAUGAAAUGCUACGUUAGAGCUUUCCAGGAAUACGUUGUAACAUUGCAUUUAGUAUGCAGAUAGAGCUGCAGGUGCACACCGAAUAUAAGCAUGCCACAUAUCAUUUCAGUCUGCUUCUGCAUAAUUUUUGUAUAAUAAGACAUUUUUGGGGAAAAAUGCACAAAAUGAUGACCGGCGUUAGUAAAUGAGAACGCGACUAGAAGGGCUGUUUAAUGUGAUUGCAACACCUAUGAAGGUGGGCACAUCUGUAUUCAAGAUGUGUUCUGACCAGUGACAUUUAUACAAUAAAACAAGUUUGUUUAUUUUUUGGCAUAACAAACCUCUUUGCAAUUUGAAUGGAUCGCUUCUAUAUUAAUAAAUUCAGAUAUGCAAAAAAAAAUGUGUUGUACAGCACCCCUCAGAUUAUACUGACUAUUCAUAAAAGUGAAGAGCCCCUAUAAAUACAGAAAUCUAGGUUCCAAAGUUUGGAAUUAGAAAUGUAAUUGUGUGUUAGUAAUGUAGCAUAUGUGUAAAUUUAGAUUUCUUACAUGUCCAUAGAAAGUGGUUUCAAUGAAAGAGACCAAGACAGUUACCUCUCUGCCAUCACAUUUGCACUAUGUUCCUGUUGGGAAUUGGAUGAUGCAACAUGUAUACUUACAAAAUGUAAGCACACGAACAGGAAUGAGUUGCAAUUACAAAGGAAAGAAAAAGAGAAAAAGUAGAUGUUUCUGGAAAGGGUGGGGUAGGUAAUUGCUUUUUGAUGAAAUGCUGAACUAUUUUUAUUGGCUAAAAGAUUAAUUCUUAUUUUUAGGCCAAAACUUGAAAAAUCAUCUUUUGAGUGAAUGCACUUUUAACUAUUUAAAGUUUGUUAUGGAAAGCUAGUUCAGGACCUGGAAAAAUGUAAUCUCUGGAAUACAUUUGAGGUCUAUAUGGUGUUAUAUAAUUCACUGGUGCUAACACCUAUUAUUGUCCCUUUUACAGAUAAAGGGGUGUUUGUAAUGUAUCACAGCAUGGGUAAAGUGGUUAGCCAAUUAAGAUUUGCCUGGUGCCACAAGCAGUCACCGCUUUGCAAUGUUUCCUACACUUCUCAGCUAUCGGAAGUUAAGAAGACACCUGGUGCUAACAUCCCAAUGUACUUUUACAUUUACAGAGGAAAAACUUCCAUAAUGCAUCUGCCUAGUAAACAGAGUGGUAAAUUAUAUAGUUUACCCACUUAUACUUCUUAAUGGACACACGCGUGACUUAGAAGAUGAUGAUACCUAAUGGUUAGUCUUCUAUCCUAACUGCAAAUUAAUUGAAUGGUUUUGCCACGGGAAUGAAGUUUUAAUACCCUUGGCUUCUCUUGGUGCUAUAGCCUGAAAGCUAUUUUAGUAUAAUGUAUUUGUUUUUGGAUGGGAUUUGAAGGGUUAAUGGGUCAGAAGAAAAUGGCUAGCUAAACUAUGGGGCAAGGUGACCUAUUCUGUCAGUAACUUCUAUAUUGUGUCCUUUCCACACCCAGUACUUGUGUUGGAAGUAAAAUGAAAUGUGUAAUACUGAACAGGACAGAAAAGCUAUUUCCUGGUUUGAGGUGCAAUAAGAACCCUAAUGUACUUUUUCUUUCUUUGUCUAGCACAGGAUUACUCUUGGUUACACAUAGAUUGUGGCUGAGCUCAUGGUAAAGUGCUUUUUUAGCACCUCUAAGCAAACUUGAAUUAUUGAAUGGCACAUAAGCUUAGGUGUGUUCAAUAUAGUCCAUUCAGAUAUUAGUUUUAUUUUGCUAAGCCAAACAUAGUUUUUCACUCAGUAUGUAUGUUAUCUCUUUUAGAUUGAUACCUUGACUCUGAGGACAUUUGUAACAUAGCGACUGACUUGUCAGAAUUAAUAUUCUGCAUUACUGUGACUUCCUAAAAAGUCUCUUAGAAAAGAUAAAAGGUAAACCAACAAACAAAAGCCUUGCACACUUUGUACAGCUCCAUUUUUGUUGCUGCUUUCAUAUUCAUUAUAUUUAGCAGGUGUAAAAACGACACAGUUGCGUUUUAAAAGAGUUGUACUGUAUUAACAUCCCGUAUCUUAUCAGAAGAAGUUCUAAAGGGUUAAUGUUCAAACAUUGCACUUAUGUUUCCGUCCACAGUCGGCAGAUUCUUAUCUGGCCCUGCUCUUCCUCCUUCUGGUCUGCAGAAAAGUGUGAUAAUGUUCUUUCCAUUUCAUCUGAAUAAUUGUCAGACUGAAGAGCAGGAACCUACAGUGCACUUUCGAUAUGUAAUAUAUUAUGUUUUAAAUGUGUGUACAAAGAUUUAGAAAUUGCACAAGGAAAAACUGAAUAGCUUAUAUUCAAUAUGCACUUGUGCAUUGGACACUUUUCUUGUAAAUGAGUGACACGGUGCAGAUAGACAAUUUAGACAGGCAUACAGCCGAUAGGUAGACAUAAACUAAGAGAAAAGAACAGAUGCUGUAUUUGAGAUGAUUUGCACAAAAUGUCCAAAUAUAUAUUUAAGAUAUUUCCAGUUCUUCUCUGAAGUUGAUGUAUUUUUAAAUGAAAAUUUUCAGUCUUCGCAGAACCGUAAUCUAUGGUUGACUAUGAACUGCGAGCUUAGGGCUAGAUUCAAAACUGUAUGUAAACACAGUGACUUACAUACAAACUCAAUGGUGUAUGGACUGCACAUGUGCAGAAUGAGUCCUGUGUGAUCGCUCCUAGUCCCCGUAGCCGUAGCAUGAUUGACAUACAGCGUUUGGGGUACGGUGUCUUAGACCGUUCUACAAAACGCUAAUUUGUAGGUGUACUGUGCCCAGUGUCUGUGUCAUCUGACUGACCAUUUCCGAUUGCCAGUCUGAAUAAGCUUCGCCUUAUGUAGAUGGAGACACAGUGCUCAGAUUGCAGAUGCUGGCAAGAGGUUUCUUUUUCCUACAGAUGCCUCCUCCUGCUACAUUUUGCACAGCCACUUCCAUGUGGCUGCACAAUACCAUACAAAUCGGAAUCAAAUCCUUAGGCAGCCAUUGCUUUACACCUGCUUCAGAACACCAAGUUUUCUGAAAGUGCAGUAUUGGGCUUGAUUUCCUUUCACAUUAGGAGUCAUCAACCAAUUUGGCUGCCCUGGUGUUGAUGGGGAUGUACCAAAAUAGGACUAAAAGUAGCAGAUGACAAUAUGCAACCAAUUUGUAUUGAGUUUUCAUUGCUGCCUUUAUUUGUCAUGGUCAAAAAAAAAAUUAUAUAAUAUAAUCCUCACCAGCGGCACACAGGACACAAUCAGAGACAUUGUGAUCCAAUGUCUCUGUGAUUGUAUCCUGUGUGCCGCUGGUGAGGAUUCUAUAUUAUUAUGAGGGCACCGGACCAAGUUUUGCUGAUUAUAUAUGGUAGUGCCGAGUCUCUGCUUGAAAAAAAAAAUAUAUAUAUAAAUAUAUAUAAAAUAAAUAUAUAUAUCUCU